AUGAGACUCGCUACACUCCUUUUACUACCUGCUUGCGUUCUUGGUGCAAACAUCGCGGCGUAUUGGGGCCAGAACGCCGGAAUAAACCAGAAAUCGCUAGCUGAAUAUUGCUCGUCGUCACCGACGGAUAUCAUUCUACUUUCAUUUUUGAACAACUUUCCAAACUUGGGCUUGAAUUUUGCCAAUCAGUGCUCAAACAGUUUUGGAAAUGGCGUGCUACACUGUUCUCAGAUAGGCAAAGACAUUAAGACUUGUCAAAGCCAGGGUAAGAUCAUUUUGUUGUCGUUAGGUGGCGAAUCUGGCAGUUAUGGCUUCUCCUCGGAUUCACAAGCUCAGGAGUUUGCAACUACAUUGUGGAACAAGUUCGGUGGCGGAACAGACAGCGAGAGACCCUUCGACGAUGCCAUAGUGGAUGGGUUCGACUUUGACAUUGAAAACAAGAAACAAACGGGCUACGCUGCAUUAGCAAACAAGCUUAGAAAGUACUUUGCCAGCUCUUCCAAGAAGUACUACUUGUCAGCCGCUCCUCAAUGUCCCUACCCUGAUGAAUCGGUUGGUGAAUUGAUGGCUCAAGUCGACCUCGAUUUUGCAUUCAUCCAGUUCUACAACAACUACUGCUCAAUCAACAAGCAGUUUAACUGGGACACAUGGAGUCAGUAUGCAUCAGGCAAAAACAUCAAAUUGUAUUUAGGCGUUCCAGGAUCGUCAUCUUCGGCUGGCUCGGGGUAUGUCGAUUCCAACACCCUUCAAAACACCAUAUCAAAUAUAAAGUCUGAUCCACACUUUGGCGGGGUUUCCGUGUGGGACAUUUCGUCAGCCCCACAAGGUUUCAUGAAUCAAAUAAGCCAAGCUUUGGCGGGAUCUUUGCCAGCACAACCAUCGACCAACACUUGGUCAGCCACUCUCAUACCAACCACACUUUCAACAGUCUAUCAAACACCGCCCAAACCGUCACACGAUACCCCUACUUCAACUACGUCGACGGCCAACUUCUGGGGUUGGUUGGGUGGCCUUUUCAGUUCUGCAGCCCCAACAUCCGUCGCUCACCAACCGCCUACAACACAACUACCAGCUCCCGCAGUGACUAGCACUUCUACAUUUGACUGGUGGGGUCUAUUUGGAGCACAGACGACGUCUACGGCCCCCUCAGCAGCCACGGCUGCUCCAGCUGCCCCAGCUGCGCCUGUAAGCCAGGUCAGAGUCACAAACUAUGUCACGUUAACAACAACGGUGAUUAGUUGA